CUUUUAUCCUGUCUUGCUCGGUUCCAGGAGCGGCCAAGAUGAUGCUCAGUCCAGAGCAGCUGGAUUCAGAUCAACCAUCGGUGCAGUCAGAAUCGGACUCUGCGGUCAGCGAGGUGAAGGGGGGCAGCGUGUCCGACACGGAAGGAGGAGGUCGUAGGAUUCCGUGUCUCCCGCCACAAUUAAGCCGCGAAGAGAAGAGGAGAAGACGACGAGCCACGGCAAAGUACCGCUCGGCACACGCUACCAGAGAGCGCAUCCGCGUGGAAGCCUUCAACGUGGCAUUCGCGGAGCUCCGCCAACUCCUGCCGACCCUCCCGCCGGACAAGAAACUGUCGAAGAUUGAGAUCCUGCGGCUGGCGAUCUGCUACAUCUCCUACCUCAACCACGUGCUGGACGUCUAGAGCUGCGGGAUGGACAUUGUGAGGCAGAGAAUGCGGCAGGAGGACAAUGUGCUGGUCAGCCUUGUGCCGGCGGUCAGCACCAUGGUGAGCAGCGGAUGCCGAUGUUAACCCCUCGUGCUCUGAGCUGGUGUCAGUGAGUAGCUGUAGACGACAGUACAGGCAAUGUGCAUUCAUUCUAUAAUAACUAGAUUAUUGGACCAAAGGUGACAGUGUGUGUGGUAGAGACCUCGUGUGUGUUCUGUGUAGAGUUACGGCGCCCCAUGGUGGCAGCUGGGUGUAUUACAUGACUAUAUUUUCUCCCUGUAUACCUAUUUUACAGGAAAGCACAAGCUUUCUGCCUUAUUCCCUAUGCUGGACAGGACCAAUCAGCAGGUCCUGACCACACGACAGCCCACAUCUACCUGUAGAAGCACAAUAUGUUAUAUGGGCCCAUUAUAAAGAGUAGAGGAGCCCCCCAGAGCCUGGCAGUAAAUCGGAACUUAUAGGCGUGACUACCCCCAAUAACCUACUACUACUGCCCUAAUGUCACACAAACAGGACACUGAGAUAGAUAAGAUCCUCUGAAAGCUGGUGGUGACAGACAGAUCCGCAAGAUUAUCCAGAAAAGGGUGGUCUGUUGGGAGGAGUGGGGUCUUAUGGGUUAACUGCUGUCUCAAGUGUGAUAGAGUAAUGUGAGGGGCCCUCCAGUCAUGAGGCACAAUCCUCCAUAAACAACCACUAUGGUGAUGUGAGGGCCCCUCCAGCCGCACACUGUGUAGUCAUCCAUCCGCCAUAACAUAAAACCACCAAGUCAAGUAAAUAAUAUGGAUUAUCGGGUGGUGGUCUCAGGGGAUACACAUCACAGUUCUUUGGGGUCCAGGGAUCACAUCACAGGUCUAUGGGCUCUAGGCUUUAGGAGUCACAUCACAGGUCUAUGGGCUCUAGGCUUUAGGAGUCACAUCACAGGUCUGUGGGGUCCAGGGGUCACAUCACAGGUCUGCGGGGUCCAGGCUUCAGGAGACACAUCACAGUUCUUUGGGGUCCAGGGGUUACAUCACAAGUCUAUGGGGUCUGGGCUUCAGGGGACAUAGCAGAAGGGGGUGUUGACCACACAAUAUUAGACUGUCCCAAUGUUAUGGCUGAUGGUGAGCCGUGCUCUGUGUUCAGGGAUUUGGUCAUCGUUCCGCACACUUUGAGUUGUUUGCUGCUAUUAUUUUUCAGGGUUCUCAGUGACCUUACAGGCCGUCCACCCUGUCCCCUGAUGUUCGGGUGCAGAUACUCUGGGUCCUUAUACUCUGCAGCAUUAAUAAUAAUGGGUGAUGUUGUGACCCCCUCCAUACGUCAAACACCCAGAAUCCUUUGUGUCCCUUAUCACCAGCGACUGGACUGAUACAUGAUAAAUAAUAUGAUCCAAAGAUUUGUGGGUUUCAGGGUUGGUUGAAUUUCUACGUAUGAUGCAAUAUUUUGUAGUGAAUUUGUUUCCCUGGUUUCUACCUGAUGCCUUUUAUUACCGACCUUCAUGAAGAAGACAAUAAUGUCCUCAAUAAACCUUUUCUGC